UCUCAUUUUUUUUUAUUAUUAUUAAUAUUAUUCUUUUUACUAUGGAAAUCUUGGAACUCGUACAUCAAGAACAAAUGCCUACAGAGGAACGUCCUUUUGAAUGUACUUUUAAGGGAUGUAAAAAAACCUUUGGUAGACGAUCAGAUCUUGUUCGACAUUCUCGCAUUCAUACCAACGAAAGACCUUUCCAAUGUAGGGAAUUUGGUUGUGGGAAAAGUUUUAUUCAACGAUCAGCAUUGACAGUUCAUUUACGAACUCAUUCAGGUGAACGACCGCAUGUUUGUGAAUUUCCAAUGUGUGAUAAAUCCUUCAGUGAUAGUUCUUCUCUUGCACGACACAGACGUACUCAUACAGGAAAACGUCCUUACAGAUGUCCGUUUGAUGAUUGUUCCAAAAGUUUUGUUAGAAAAACCAUGCUUACAAAACAUAUGAAACAUGAUCAUUCUACCGAUGGAAAACGACCUCAAAUCCAAUGGACGCCCUUUUUAGAGGAAAGACGUAUCAUGCAACAACAACAACAACAACUUUAUCAUCAUCGUUAUUCUUAUCCAUUCCCAGAACCAUGUUGUUCAUCUACACAUUCUUUUAUGACACAUUCAGGAUCACCUCCUCCUCUUUCAACAGGUUACGCUAGUCCAUCUUCCUCUUCUAUAAAUGAUGAUCAUUCAGUCCCUUCUUCACCUACCAAUACCACCUUAUGGCAUCCUUGGUCUUUAUCACCCAUCACAACAAACAACACAAUGUUUGAUCAACAAAAAGAUCGUAUUCCUUUUAUCGUGUCACCAUCAACAACUACUACUAUGAGUGAUGUGAUUCUACCCAGUCUGACCACCAUCAUCGACAGUCAGAAACCAGACUUUUCAAGACGUGAUUCUUUAUUAUUACUUUGAAUUCUUCUUAUAAAUAUAUAUAUAUCUUCCUUCCUUAUCUCCACUCAUUCCUAUUCUCUUUGAUCAUUAUUAUUAUUACUAUUACUAUUAUUAUUAUU